AAUUACUACUAUAAUAUUAUAUUCUUGUGUUAUAAAUACGUGAAAAUUUGUUGUGUUUAGUCAUUCAAAAAUAUGAUGCUAUAAAACUUGAUAAUUUUGUUUGUAAAGCGGCUCUAAUUUCAAAUAAUCAAUAAUUAUGAGAGAUAGCUUGAACUUUUAUGAUUUGACUUGAGACGAGCUUGAACUUUUAUGAUUCGAGUCUUUCGAGAAACAAUGUUACGAUUCUCGAAAUCGAAACGAUCGAAAGAAUGGACCAAAGCAACAAUCGAAUCCGCUCAUUCUAGUUGUGCCGAAUUGAAACAAGUAUACGUUUGAUUAUGUAGAGUGCAAUAUUUCUCUUCUUCUAAUCGUUUUCCCAAUACUCGGUUGUUUUGACAAAUGUAUAUACAUACUUUAGUAUAAGAUAUGAUAAUCCAGAGAUAUACAGUUGGAUAUCGUUCAAUAUGCGUCCCACGCGCGAUAUUUGUAGAUUUAUAAAUUUACUUGCAUGCAAUCGCGAAUGUUCGAACGAAAUUUUCUGACAACGUCAGUUAUUCCGUAAUCAUCGGACAAACUUAUUCAAUGUGAUUCGCAUUAAGUUAAUAAAUCAUUCGCAGACCUGGCUCGAUGUGAUAGAUAUCAGUCUCGCGAUAACGCAACGCUUUGAGAUAAGAAAUUAAAUUACAAAUAGUUGAAUUAAACAUUUUCAAGUUGACUAGAACCGGGGGUACAUUGUUGAAUCCGUUUGCAUUUACAAAAUGAAUGAUCCCAAAUGCACAAUUGUAGUAACUGGCUUCGGCCCAUUUGGCACACAUAUGGUCAACGCUAGUUGGGAAGCGGUGAAAGAAUUGCAGAAGCUAUGGGCGAAUUCUGUAGAAUUUUCUAAUGUCAAACUGAUCGCAGAAGAAAUUCCGGUCUCCUAUGAUUACGUAUCCAUCUAUAUCCCUCAGCUCUGGAAAAAAUACAAUCCAUCAAUUGUCCUACACGUAGGUGUAUCUAGCAAAGCUAAAUCUUUGACGAUAGAGCAUCAUGCUUGCAGCAACGGUUAUGUUAGGUUUGACAUAUGUAAUAAACGUCCGGAUGAAACGGAUGUUAAAUGCAACAUUCUGGAAACUGGGAUUGAUAUUGAAGAGCUUUGUGAUAACAUAAAUAAAAAUUUUGAAAGAAAUAGUUGUACAGCUUGCCUCUCGUAUAAUGCCGGUAGAUAUUUGUGCGAAUAUAUAUUUUAUCAAUCUCUUUCUGUUGAACCGACAAAGACUCUGUUUGUGCAUGUCCCAGAUUUCGACACGUACUCCAGUAUACAAACUGCAAACGGUUUAUAUGACAUUUUAAGUUAUUUAAUAAGAAACUUGAAACUUAACUAACAAUUGUAUUUGCUAAACUGCCAAUAACUAAUAAUAGAGAAUAAUAAAAUUUUAUAAAAAUCCUGUAUAUUCAGCAUAUUUCCUUAUAUAUGCUAUGAUAUAUAAUUACAAUGUGCUGAUGUUUAUAUUUACAAAAGAAUUAAAUCAAGCAGAUUGUAAAAUAGAAAUAUGUAAUAUAAAAUAUGUGAUAUUUAUAUGGGAUAUAUAAUGAUUAUAAUAAAUACAAAUUUUAUUUUUGCUGUACGAAUAUUCAGUUUUGAUACAAAUG